AUAAAAAAAAAACAGUGAAAUUAUUGAAGAAAACAAUGAAAGUAUUAAAGAAAACAGUAAAAUUAUUAAAGAAAAAUAGAGAUGUAAAAAGUGACUUACCUUCGGAAAAAUCAUUUUUAUAACGUUUAUUUGUGGAAUGUGUUUACAAUUGGUUUUAAAAGAAACUAUCUUUAAAUUUAAACGAAAGUGAAAGCGUCUAGUGCAGAAUUCAUAAAUAUUUAGGACGUCGUAUAGAAGUGGAACUAUUACUUAAUUAACUUACAACUUGGGUAAUAAUUAAUGACAAAUGCGGCAAGAAAAGUAAUUAAUUUCGUAUUUAUCGUGCAGGGUAGUAUAUAGAGUGAGAAAUAGUUUUACAUAGGUUUCAAUUGCUUAAAUGGAAUUUAAAUGUUGCCAAAUUUAACACAAUUUCAGACUAAAUAUUUUCAAGUUAUGUAGUAUUGAUUUUUUUGUUUUUGUUUCAAAUUUUAUGCACAAAAAUGAAAAUAAAUUCAUUUUUAUUUAAAAUAAAUUAAACGAAAUGUUCAUUUUUAUAUUACGACAUCGAGACUAUUAUAAAAAUUAAUCAUUAUCGACGUAAUCGUCCUUCCUAAUUACAUAAACUGUAUAUGCUAUGACCCUAUAAUGUAUAGUGGGAAACUUUCACGUUGUUUUCACUUUCUACAGUUUUGCUUCUUUUAAAUUAGUAUUAAACCAUUCACAGUGUUUUGCACAACAAUAAAAAUGUCAAAACUAAUUUUGUUUCUUUUCACUGUCUUCUGUUUAGUAUUCAUUACGGAUACGACAAUUCAACCUAGGGCUCCAAAUUUUCAAUAUUACGAAAGGCCGAAGUAUAGGUACCCGUAUUACGACGAAAAUGGCGUAGGAAGGCUUCUGUACGGUUACGGGGACGAUAAACUGUAUAAAUAUACGGUUUUUUCCCCGUUAGAGGGGAUACAUUAAAUAUUUUUAUCAAUAUUUCGCUAGUAUAGUCAAAUAUUCAUAUUUAUUGUGAAAAAUUUCGUCUUACAUUCGCACAUUUCGAAAAACUUGUGAAAUAAUCCGAAUAAGAGAAAAACCCUGUAUGAAAAUUCGAUAGGCAACUUAUCGAAAACCCCUCGUAUAUUCCGAUAACUAUAAUGUUUUUUAUAUAAAAUAAUUUAUUGUACUUGAUAUUUAAACGAUAAAUUAUAUACAGAGUGAUCUAAUUUUAUUGAUCACAUGUUAAAAUUUUUUAUGAAUUAUAUUGGUUAUUAAUUUUUGACUACCCCGUAUAAUAUAUCACAACUUUAUACUGCUAUAACGAAGAAGGAAAGGAUAUUAAAAAUUCGGAUUAAUAUACGGGGUGUUUCAUUAAAAAACAAUUUGAUUUUUACUAAAAAAUAUAAAGUUACUACACGGUUGCCAGAUUGAAUUCAAUAGCCA